UAGUAACAGUUAGUAAUAUCAGUUUAGCGGCUGUAAACCAAAGUUCGUGUGCUGUGAAGUAUUUAAACAUUGUUUAAUUUUUUAAUUAAUCUGCAUUCAAUUCAUAUAUACUAUAAUAUAGUAGUGAAUAAAUUUAAAUGUCCGUAAUACUAAGUACAGUGCUGCCCGUGAUAAUAAUAUUUAUAUUUUAAAAGAGUUCACGUGAUAUCUAUCAACAGAAACAUAUGGCGAGAGACGAGGAAGUGUUAUCAGAGGUGCUGCGUAGUGAAAGAGGCAUUUCGUUCCUUGAAAAUAUUUCACUUUUUCAAUUUGUGAUACUUUUUUUUCACUUAACUGCUCUUUUCUCCAUUGGGAAGAAUAUUAUCAGGAUACCGAAAAAUGGAACGAAUUACUAUCUCCUGAGUUUGACACUUGGAGUAAUUGUAUUAAACACAGCUAUCAUUGAGAGGUUUCUUCAUCAGGAUUUAGAUUAUGAUUGGAAUUUGGGAGAGACUCCUAUUGGAUGCAAAUUAUUUUAUGUUUUGAAGAAGAUCGACGUUAUUUCCCUGCUAACUGUUUUAGCAAUAUUAAUACACUGGAUUCUAAAAAUGACAUUAUCGUUGAAGGCAAAAGGAAACUUGGAAAUUUACCUAUCAUUUUUUAUGCUUUCUGCAAUUUGGAGCUCAAGUAUAAUGAACCUUAUUCCUGAAAUAAGCAUUCUUAACGUAAAAUAUGGAAAUAAUAUGCUAGCUUGCGAAUAUGAGUACUUAAAACCGGUAUCCCAUUUUAAUACUUAUGAACUGAUGACUUUUGCUUUUCCAAUUUUUGAAAUACUUGGAUUGGUAUAUUGUUACAUUUUCGUAGUAAUUGUAAAAACCCAUGCAGAUAUUAAGAAAAGUAAAUCUUAUUCACCUGAUGCCCAGCUUCUAAAAUGGAGAGAAAAAACUUUUGUAAUCCUGGUUGUGAUGACAGCAACAUUUUUCUGCAGUCUACUUAUAAAAUCAAUGGAUUGUUUAUAUGGAAUGAGAAUGGAAAAUUACCAUGAACAAUCUAAUUCCAGAUUGAAAAAUUUUUUGUACUGGUUACCAGUGGAACUACUGUGGCCAAUUUUGGUCAUUGUUUCGGCUAUUAUAAAUCCAGUUUUGUGGAUUAUGACAAGUCAACGAUCGAACAAGUUAUCGCAUCAUGAAUCUACUAAUGAAUAUGCUCCUGUUCCGAUAUAUACAAUUGAUGUACAAAAAUUUUGACGUGAUAUUUGUUAGAGAUAUAUAUCUCGAGAUAUUCAUGUACAUCUUGUAAAUACAGACUUAUUAUUAUUGCA